AGGAGAGGCCGGAGACGGCGCGAAGAGGAAGAGGACCGGGGGACAUGUCGAGGAGGGAGCGCGAGAGGGCGCACCGGCAGAAGCGGCUGCAGCGGAGGAGGGAGGAUGAGGAGAGGCGGGUGGAGAGCGAGUACGUCGAGGUGUCGUCCGAGGAGGAGCACGAGCUGUGCUUCCGGGAGCCGCAGCAGCUGGUGGACUCGUUCACCGAGCUGGAGGAGAAGAACCUGUUCCUCAUCCACAGCUCGCAGGAGACGGAGCAGCAGCUCGACGAGCUGCGGCACCUCUACGAGAACAGCAAGCGGGAGAUGGGCGCCAAGGUGCAGCACCUGAAGGACACGGUGAAGGCCCAGGAGGCGCGCAUCGCCCAGGAGCAGCAGCGCUUCGAGGACCUCCGGCGGAGGCACGACGAGAAGGCCGACACGCGCGCCCAGGACCGGAGGGUCGGCGACCUGAAGGCGGGCGUGCGGCAGCUCUACGCCCGCUGCUGCCCGCACAGCGCCGACCACGACCGGGGGCCUCUGCAGAUGCUGGCCGAGAUCGAGGCCGAGGUGGAGAAGCUGAUCACGGGCCUCCAGGAGUACAGCGAGCUGGGCCCCGGCGGUGCCGACCUCAUCACGGAGCUGGAGAAGGGCAAGGA